AUGAUAAAAACCGUGCUGAUCUUUGCAAUUGCCAUGCUCGCCGAAGUAUCCCUAGGCACACCGCGCGUUGCAGACGAGGCCUCUACAAAUAACGCCGCCUUAAGACAUUGCCCAUGUGCCUGGCAUUGCUACAUCGACACCAAUGGUGAAAACAAGAGCACGUCGACAAGAAGUGGGAACGAUGAAAUGAGAAACUCCGUCUUAGUGGACGCACGGGAACGUCGGCAGUAUGGUCUCCCCCUCCCGAACUUUAGAUUGUAUAACGUUAGUUCGACUGCUAGUGAAUACCUGAGGCAUGUCAGCCCAGACUGGGAC